GGAAUAGAUGUGGAACUCUGGGACAGCAGUGGUGUUCCUAAAGACCACGAUUUUGUAAUCAUCCGUGGUGGCGUCGUAUCCAAACUCGAUGGACGAGAUAAACGCGUAGCUGAAGCAUAUCAAGCCGUUGAUGGAGCCGAGUAUGUGGAGAGAGUUCAAGUCUGCGAUUUGGAAGGGGAGAUCGAAAGGGGCCAACCAGGAAGGGUCGGCAGGGUGAUGUUCAUCGUCGUUAAGCAGCAAGUACCGCUCCUCAGGUAUGUGAUCGCCGUUAGCUAUAGGCUGUGCAGGUUCUCGUGUGGUGAGCAAGAUUUUGGAGGGGUGGUUUGUGGAGAGGUGCAAGGAACAGAAUUCGGGGCUGGAUAUGAUGGACUUCCACGAUUUGCAUACGGCCCUAAGACAGAGCAAAGAUUCUACGGGCAAUCUCGCCAAGAUUUCAAUUAUCAGAUCUUCACUCAGAUCGUCAAUCAGCGUUCGGUCGAGAAGGACGAGGCUCUCUUGGUGAUUGCAAGAAUGGACAGUCCCAAAGGCUCGUUGUUGAGAGAGGGACAAGGGCUCCAAUACACAUCACAAGAUCGGGCGGCGUCCAUCUUCACCCAAAUUGUCCAAUACAUUUCCGAGGCAAGCGUGCAGGCUUGUACCAAAUGCAACGAGUCCCUAACUACAGUAAACAUGGGCUCCUCCUCAGGUGGCGGUAAGCCCACUUCUGCAAAAACCUCCUCCGCCACAUCGAACGAGUAA